AUGCGACCGUUCUCACCAGCUGCCAGAGUUCUGCCUGGCUCUGUGUCGCACAACUCGACGCCCAAGUCUAUCCUCAAGACUGCCUCUGUCCUGGGCCGCCGCAAGCACCAGCAUGAGGUGAGCUCCGACAUGCUCGAAGCGCCCGAAAGCCCGACGAAGCGACGAAAAGUCCUUUUCGACGACAUCCGAAACAUAACUUACGAGGUUGGCCGCCGCACGAUGGAAGAGGUCAAACUCGAGGUGCGGACCGCCUUGGAAGGUCACCUCCGCGGUAACGAUGGCCAGUACGACACCCUCAAGGAGAUGUUUGCCAACGACAAACAGCGAUAUCUGCCCCCUGUUGUGGGCGAGGAGGACGACACCCUCAAGCCGCACGAGCUGCAGGUCUAUGUCAUGGCACUCUCGAGCUGCGUCCCCAUCCUCAAGAACAGAGAAUGCAACGGCCUCGUGCGUGUGAUUCUACAGUGCUCAUGGCUCGGUAGAGACGAUGCCUUUGUCAAAUCCUUUAUGCACUUCCUCGCCGCUCUGGUCAGCGCACAGGGCUCCUACCUUGGCACCGUCCUGUCCAUGAUUGUCGACAAGUUCCAGCUGAGCCGCCAGUCGACCUGGUCCGUCCCCGACUUUCCAGAGGUCACCCGCGAGACCAUGCGCAAGCGCCUGCACUCGACCCUGCGCUAUCUUCUGCAAAUGUUCCCCUCGGCUGUCGGGGUUCUCGAGAGCCUGUUGAGCGCAAAGUUUCCCUUUCCGGACGACUCGGUGCAGACGCACAUGGCCUACAUCAACAACCUGCUCAAGGUCAGGGAAUACAUUCCCGACCUGCAGGAUGAGAUUCUCGACAUAAUACUCAACCGCGUCGUCAAGAUUGAUUCGCAAAUGCAGCUGGAUCUUGAGGAUAUCGACGAUGACAUCACCACUGCCGUGCUGUUUGCACUCCGCGAGAAUCCUCACACAACAUCUGAUUGGGAGCAGGACGAACUAGACGACAGCGACAAUGAGUCCGUUGACAGUGAGGAUCUGGACUUUGACGAAGAAGCCACAAGGAUCAAGAACGUCAAGGAAAAUGUCGAAAAGAUGGACGCCGUUCUCGACACCCUAUUCAAAUUUUACACUCCCUUUUUCCUCAAUCCGGGCUCCGACAAGGCCUUUGACGCCUUUACCAUUAUCCUCCGCGAGUUUGACCACAUGGUACUGCCUACAUACAAAUCCCGCCACACGCAAUUCCUCAUUUUCCACUUUGCGCAGCAGCACGAGCGUCUUACCGAUGCAUUCUGCGGACAGCUCAUUGCCACAGCGUUCCAGAGCAACACGCCCAACGUGCUGAAGCAAGCCGCCGCUGCCUACCUCGCUAGCUUCGUCGCUCGUGGCGCCCAGGUGCCGCGCAGUCUGGUGCGUACCAUCUUCUCGCUUCUGCUGCACCAUCUCGAGCAGUACCGUCGCAAGUACGAGCCGAUCUGCCGCGGUCCUGAUUUGAAGCGAUUCCACCCCUAUUACAGCCUGGUACAGGCGACACUGUACAUCUUUUGCUUCCGCUGGCAAGACCUCGUCGUGGCGGCGCCGGAACUCGUCGACGCGGACGAUGCGGCCUCGUACAUAGGCCAGGACCUGGAGUGGAUCGGCAGCUCCCGCAAAGACCUCUCUGUCCAAAUCUUUGGCAAGCUGAACCCACUUAAGGUGUGCGCGCCCGUUAUUGUCGAAGAAUUCGCCAAGUUGGCCCAUCGGCUCAACUUCAUGUAUGUCUAUCCGCUGGUGGAAAGCAACAAACGCAUACGACUCACUCAGUAUUUGUCGUCGACGUACGCGACGGGCGGCGCGCUCCGGGAUGCUGGCUACGACGGCCAGGAGGAGAGCUUCCACCAGCUGGACCCGUACUUUCCCUUUGACCCGUACCAGCUGCCCGUCAGCAAACGUUGGCUCGAACACGACUACGUGCACUGGAAGUCGGUGCCUGGCCUGAAUGCGGAUGACGAUAGCGAUGACAGCGACGACAUGGAUGACGACGACGACGCGCUCGAAGAGGCCACUGCGACAGACAGCGACGGCGAUGACUGA